AUGUCGGAAACUGAGAAACCUGUUCAGGCCGCAGCAGCAGCAGCCGUUGCUGCUGCAGGCACUGCUGAUGUCCCCGCCGUUGAGAAGGACCCCGAGACUACCCAGGACAAACAACAGUCGGCGACCGACAACAGCACCACCAAGGCUCCUCAGGAUGAAAAGAAUAAACAAACGGAAAAUCCCAGUACCGACGCGCCACCAGCUGCUGCCACAGCUCCAACUGCGGACCCAAUUACCUCCGCCCAGCCGCCCGAUGUGGAUGCGAUUGAAGCACAGAAAGACGGCCAAAAGAAGAACGGGCCCGGAUCCGAGAACAAACCUGACGAAACCCCUGUUGAUACGCGGCCCGAGUACUUGUCCAAGAACCCUGCCCUCAGCGAAUUCUUCGAAAAGCUUGCCUCUAUCCUCAAGAAGGCUGACCACAACGAGAUGUGGGGCGUCACCCUCAAGGAUUCCGAUGAUGUGCCAACCGUCAAUGUGUUGAUCAAGUUCCUCCGUGCCAAUGAGGGUAACGUCAAACUCGCAGAAGAGCAGCUCAGAAAGGCUCUGGAAUGGCGCAAGAAAAUGAACCCCUUAGCCCUGGCUGAAAAGGCUACUUACAGCUCAAGCAAGUUUCAGGGACUCGGCUAUGUUGCAAAUUACAAAGACCAGAAUCAAGGAAAGGUCGUUUUCACCUGGAACAUUUACGGAUCUGUCAAAGAUGCCAAUCGUACCUUUGGCGAUGUUGAUGAAUUUAUCAAGUGGAGAGUUGCAUUGAUGGAGAUGGCUGUUAAAGACUUGAAGCUUAGCGAAGCCACAUCCGUGAUCGAUUACUCUGGCGAGGACCCUUACCAGAUGAUCCAGGUCCAUGACUACCAGAACGUCAGCUUCCUUCGUUUGAACCCUACGAUUAAGAGUGCCACCAAACAAACCAUCGACGUCUUCAGCACCGCGUAUCCAGAGCUCCUGAAGGAAAAAUUCUUUGUCAAUGUUCCUGCUCUCAUGGGUUGGGUCUUCACCGCGUUGAAGGUGUUCCUCAGCAAGAACACCAUCCGGAAGUUCCACCCUAUCACCAAUGGCGUGAAUCUUGCUCGUGAAUUUUCGUUUGCUGACGAGCUUCCCAAGUCGUACGGUGGCAAGGCGGAUGAGCUGGCAGAAAGUGCUCGAACUGUCGCCUUGAGGCAGGAUACCCCUGAACCUCCUCCGGAAUCCGCUCCUCCAGCCCAGGCCAGCCCCCCUACUACCGAAACUAAUGGCUCUGCGAAGGAGGUAGCUAAGACUGCCGCUGAAGAUGCCAAGAAAGCGGAAGCUCCAGUCGCAGCCGAUGCCCCUGCAACAAUUUCUGAACCUGAGAAGCCUGCAGCCUCUUCAGCUAAUGAAACUCCUUCUGAAGUGGCCAAAUGA